AUGUCCCUCACCAACGUCGAGACCAAGGGGCCUCACGGCCCCGAUGACACCCUGGAGACAUCGGUCUCUCAGGUUCAUAGCUCUGACAACGCCGACGAGAAGAACAUCGACACUUCCAAGAACGCAGUACUUGGCGCAGAGAUCCACGAUGUAUCUAGUACCGAUCACCACAACGAUAGCGACAACGACAGCAAGGAUGUCAUCAUCGUUACCGGUGCCGACGCCUCUCGCCACCUGCUCCCGAUGAGAGACGAUCACGACAACGCUUUGACCUUCCGAAGUCUGUUCCUCGCCUCAUGUCUCGCCUGCUUCCAGGCUGUCAUGUACCAGAUCUAUACAUUCAAACCCACUCAGAUCACCAUCCAAGGAACCUUUAUCGUUCUCAUCUCAUACUUCAUCGGCAAUGCUUGGUCUUUCGCUCUUCCCCGUGGUGACAAGUAUGAAGCUCGAUGGAGAGCCAAGGGCAAUACUGGUUCCCUGCCAAUGUGGCUCAAAUUCAUCAAGGUCAUCAACCCAGGUCCAUGGGGUCUCAAAGAGCAUGCCAUCUGUGCCAUCACAGCUACAUCCGCUUCCAACGCUGCCGAGAGUGUCCAAGUCUUUGCCGCACAGGAUCUCUUUUACGACAUGCCCUUGAGUCCCACCACUGUCAUCUUGAGUACAAUUUCAAUCGGUUUAUUUGGCUAUGGUCUUUGCGGUAUCAUGCGCCCUGUGGCUGUUUGGCACGUCGACGCUGUUUUCUGGAGCAACUUGCCUACUGUCAAAACACUUCAGGGACUUCAUUGGCAAGAGGUGAAGGACUCCAAGCCUCUUCGAUACUUCUGGUACAGUUUUACUGGAAUGUCGCUUUACGAGUUUUUCCCAGCCUAUAUCUUCCCUUGGCUUAACUCGGUUUCCGUGCCUUGUCUCGCUGCCAUGAAGGCAACCGGCGCAAAGGCCGAACAUCUUACCAACAUCUUUGGUGGAGCGACAAACAACGAGGGUCUUGGUCUUUUCACGCUGUCUUUCGAUUGGCAAUACAUCACCUCUUUCAACACCUCUCUUCCUCUACCUCUCCAGGCCCAUAUGGCUGUCGGAUUCUUUGUCUGCUACAUCGUCAUGCUGUGUAUCUACUAUGGCAAUGGUUGGGGCGCCAGGUCUCUUCCGUUCAUGUCUACCCGUCUCUUGUUGGAGAAUGGUACGACAUAUCCCGUUGCUCAGGUUUUUGAGGGCGGAAUCCUCAAUGAAGAGCGUCUCUUGGAGUUUGGUCUUCCCAGAUUGACCGGCACCUUUGCUUACGCCAUGUUUAUGGCCAAUGCUGCGAUCGGUGCCCUUAUUCUUCAUUGUAUUCUCUUCUGGGGCAAGGACGUCGUGAAGGCGUUCAAGAGCGCAAAGGAGGGUCGUUACGAUGACCGUCACCACGCACACAUGGCCAAGAACUACAAGGAAGCGCCCUGGUGGUGGUACAUUUCCAUUCUUGUUGGCAGCUUUAUUCUCGGUCUUGUCGUUGUGAUCAAGGAGAAUAUCACUCUUCCUCCUUGGGCAUACGUGGUGUCUCUCGCCCUGGGCUCCAUCAUUGCACCAGUCAGCACCCUUCUUUACUCUAGAUACGGAAACGGAAUUGCCACCAACAACCUUUCGAAGAUGUUGGCUGGUCUUAUGCUUCCUGGGAAGCCUGUGGGCAACAUGUACUUCGCGGCGUGGUCUCACAACGUCAUUUCCAACGCUGUCAACCUGUCCGGUGAUCUCAAGAUGGGCGAAUACCUCAAAAUUCCCCCUCGCGUUAUGUUCCUCACACAAGUCUGGGGAACCAUUCUGGGAGGCUUCAUCAACUAUGCUGUGAUGAUUAGCAUUGUGGGAAGCAACCGAGAGCUACUUCGAGACGGAGACGGAAACUCGUCUUGGAGUGGCGCUACUAUGCAGUCAUACAACACCAAUGCCACCUCAUGGGCACUGGCUGGUUACCUUUACAAGAUUGGUGGUUUCUAUGAAGUUGUACCCUUUGGUUUGUUGGUUGGCGCAAGCUUGGUAGUUAUGCACCGAAUCUUCUACAAGUUCUAUCCCAAGAUCAAGAACUUCGAUGUCGCCGACAUCAACUUCGCACAGUUCAUUCAGUUCGCUGGUUACAUCCCUUACAACCAGAGUCAAACUUGUGUCAUCCUCAGUCAGCUGCUGUCUGGCUUCUUCGUUCAGUUCUACCUCCGAAACUACCGCCCACGCGUUUUCAGGGACUAUUCAUACCUUGUUACUGGUGCCUUUGAUGGUGCCAGUCUCACAGUUCUUUUCAUCCUUUCUUUCGCCGUCUUUGGUGCUGGUGGUCCUGGCCAUCCUUUCCCAAGCUGGUGGGGAAACAAUGUCAACGGCAACUACGAUCUUUGCCCUGUUGCCGAAUAA